UCACUCCCCGUGCCACUGACUCACAGCGUUCUGAAGCCAAAAGAUCUGAGAAAUAAAGCAAAGAAGCUAUCCAAUGGCAGAGGGCAAAGGCUCCGGCGACCUGUUCUCAAGCGGCAAGCUAGUCGUGGAGGCUGCCACGUCGGUGUUCCAGAAGAAGAGCGCCGACAACAUCGAUAAGAAGGAGGUCGCCGGCGCGGCCGCCGAGAUCCUGCACGCGGCAUCCUCUUACGGCAAGUUGGAGGGCAAGCCGGCCGGGCAGUACAUCGAGAAGGCCGAGGGGUACGUGAAGGAGUUCGGCACACGGCCGACCGCUGGCGCUGAGAAGCCUGCAGGCGACGCCCCGGCCCCUGCCCCAGCAGGCGACGCGCCCAAGCCUGCGGAGCCGGCAGAGGCGCCCAAGGAGCCAGCGCCUGCGCCUCCCGCGGAGGAAGGCAAGUCGGAGGGGUUCGGUCUCAACGAUGUCAUCAAGGGCGCUGAGCAGCUGGUGGAGAAGCGGGGCGGCGGAGAGGAGAGCGCGGGUGGGCUGUUUAACAUGGCCCAGGGGUUCCUGAAGUAGAGCUCACAUGCAUGCACCGCACUGCUUUCAGUUUAAAUAAUUUUUCUGGUUAUUAUCUUUGCUAUGGUUUCUAUGUAAUAAUUAACUGCUAGUAAAACUACGAUUGCCUCACUGCAGUCCGUGUAGUCAAUGGAGAAAUCGGUGUAGUUGUGUUGGCAAUGUUUGUAACAUCUUGUAAUCGAAACUUAAAAGAUGCUGGUGCUUCCGAGUUUGUUAAGAAAAUUCGUUGAUGGGUUGCGGAAUUUA